UGCCGAAGGAAAAAUGUACCGUUAAGGACAGAAGGAAAACCAAAAACCCAAAAUCAAAAAUACCCAACAAUACCCGAAAAAUUAGGGGUCCAACUUUUUAACUAGGCGUCGGGGGAUAUUUAAUGUCGAUUUCAUAUCUAAUCCAAAACAAAAUCGACGAGGAUAAACUACAUUUCCUGCUGUUUGUUGUAAAGGCGGCGCCGAAGCUCUAACUGAAAUAUUUUGACUACGAAAACGACAAGAAUCCUUGCCUGAUCUCUCUUUCUUCUUUUUCUUCUUCUUCUUCCUUGUUUCUUCUAUUUUCUUUACCUUUUUCUUCCCUCAACAUGGCGACCCAGAGUGUGAAUGUCAGCCUUGAUGAUAUAGAUCUCUCUAGUCUUCGAGAUCCAGCUGGAAUAUUCGAUCUGAUAGAAGUAGUAGGAAAUGGUACCUAUGGCCAAGUUUAUAAGGGUCGCCAUACUAAAACUGGGCAACUCGCUGCUAUUAAAGUUAUGAAUGUGACUGAAGAUGAAGAAGAUGAAAUAAAAUUAGAAAUUAAUGUUCUCAAAAAGUACUCACAUCAUCGGAACAUUGCCACAUAUUAUGGUGCUUUCAUUAAGAAGAGUCCACCAGGAAAAGAUGACCAACUAUGGUUGGUGAUGGAAUUCUGCGGUGCUGGUUCUGUCACAGAUUUAGUUAAAGCUACCAAAGGCAACACUUUAAAAGAAGAAUGGAUAGCAUAUAUAUGUAGAGAAAUUUUAAGGGGUUUAUCACAUCUUCACACCAAUAAAGUCAUCCACCGCGAUAUUAAAGGACAAAAUGUCUUGUUAACAGAUAAUGCUGAAGUGAAAUUGGUGGAUUUUGGUGUAAGUGCUCAAUUAGACAAGACUAUUGGCAGACGAAACACAUUUAUUGGAACGCCUUACUGGAUGGCACCAGAAGUUAUUGCCUGUGAUGAAAACCCUGAUGCUACAUAUGAUAAUAGGAGUGACCUUUGGUCGCUGGGUAUCACCGCCAUUGAAAUGGCAGAAGGUAAACCUCCCCUCUGUGAUAUGCAUCCGAUGAGAGCUUUGUUUCUAAUCCCAAGAUCUCCACCUCCUCGACUCAAAUCUCGCAAAUGGUCCUCAAAGUUUCAAAGUUUUGUAGAGGCUUGUUUGGUGAAAGACUAUACUCAGAGACCUAAUACAGAACAGUUACUGAAACACCCGUUUAUCAGAGAUCAACCCACCGAAAGGCAAGUGCGUAUUCAGCUCAAAGACCAGAUCGACCGGCACAGGAAAAACAAAAGAGUUGAUGAUCAUGAGACAGAAUAUGAAUAUGAAGGCAGUGACAAUGAAGAAGAAGAUGAUAAUGCUUUACCUGGAGAAUCGAGCUCAAUAUUACAAAUACCUGGUGAAUCUACGCUGAAACGCAACUUCCAGCAAAUCCAAGAACGAGAAUCUCGGCAACAGAUCCGUCAUCACCAAGUCGCUCCUGUACAGUAUGCGCAGCGUUAUCAAGCUCAACGGCCGCAGUCUGGCCAACUGCUUCGACCAGCUUCAGCAUCCAGCCCGUUCCAGCCUCCGAAUCCACCAUUGUCAGAUCAUCCCAAACGCUAUCACCCACCUCAUGGAAUAAGUGUAUCCAAUAAUGCUACUCCUGCUGCAGCUCAAGCUCUGAGUAACGACCAGCACAACCAAGGCAUGUUGCGUGCCCAAAGACCCGAGGAUUUAGAUCUUAUAGCUGCCCAGCUUAAUAACCUUGCAACAGAUGUUGCCGAUGAUGAUGAUGAAGAUGAAGAAAACGCUGUCACUAAAGAUGGAACUUUAGUUGUAUCGGAACCAGCAAGGCCUUUGUACAAAGGGUAUCUUUCUGAUUCCCGUCAUUAUCCUUAUCCAAACAGACCUCAAGCAGGUCCUAGUGAUACGAGAUCAACCGAUUUCUCUGGCAACCAUCCGAAUCGACCAAGCAACUAUAAUCCUGACACUUUAGAAACUUUGUCAUCAAUGGUUAUACAUGAAGCCACACCUGCCAGAAAUUCUCGGCCCUCCUCUUUUCAAAUGCAAAAGAGUCAUGCGGAAAGUACAGGUUUGUGGGAGUUUCAAUUUUACUUAACUUCCUCCCUGUAGAAUCUCUGUUAGUAA